AUGUACUCCUCGCUCCUCACCACCCUCCUUGUACUUGCACUGGUCUUGAUCGCGUGCGCAACCACGACGUCUGCUGCCCCGAUGGCGGUUGACAAGCGAGGGGGCUACACCGGCCGCCUCUUCGCGCACCACGCGCACGAGCGCGUCGGACCCACACCCACCGGACCCGCGUCCGCGGUCGCUCCCAUGACUGUGACCCCUGCCCCCGUGGCCUGGAAUAGCGCGGCACCCACGGCGGCUGCGCAGGAGUAG